AUGGAAAAUCUAAAUGAACAUGACGAACAAAAUAUAGAAAUGUCUACAUCCAUCAUUAAAAAUCUUGAUAUUCCUUUAUUAAUAAAAAAACAGUUGAAUUUAAGAGAUUUAAGACGUAAGAAUAAAGAUUUAAGUACAAAAAAUGCUGAUAUUCGAAAGUUCCUUAAUGAAAAAGAGAAUUACUUCAGUUUUAAGGAAAAAGUUUACAAUGAAAAUAGGGAAAAGUUAAAUAAAGAAUAUGAACAAGCCAUGAAUGAUAAUUAUGAUAGACAAACAAUUUUAGAAGAAAAAAUAAAAAACAAAGAAAAAAAAAUUAAAGAAUAUGAUUUAGAAAUUAAAAGGUUUAAAGAGCAAAUUGGAGAUAUGCACAAUAGAAUAAAAAAGGCUACACACGAAAGUGAAGAAAAAGAAAAGUGUCUUAGUUUUUUGAGCAAGUUUAAAGAAACGUCGAUCGAAUUUGUACAAUUAGAUAUGUUUGAUAGGUUGGAAACAAUAUUUAAUUCGAGAGAAUUCAUAAGAAGGAAACAGGAGAAAUUAAAAAGCAAAAUAAAUAUUAUAAAGGAUAAAAUAAAAAAUAUGGAAGAGAAAAAUAAUUUAACACUAACAAAUAAAGAAGGUGAAUAUAAAACUCUUGUCCAUACCUCCGAAUCGGUUAUGAAAAAAGAGAAAGAUUUAGAAGAGCAACUGAAAGAAAAUAUAAAUGAACAUAAUAAAAAGGCUCUAUUAUUAAAUAAAAUAAUUUCAUGCAUUGAUAACUUUUUAAGUCGUUUCUCUACAUUUCUUCCUGAAUUAAGACAUUAUAAUAUUAAAAAGGAUGAAGAUAAAACGAGUUUGGACAAGAAAAAUAAACCUCAAGAUAUUAUGGAAGAUACACAAUUUAUGGACACUGCAAAUUUUAAUAUAUUAGAAGAAGAUAUUCUUAAGAAAUUGGAUUAUAUAUAUAAAUAUAUAAAAGAUACCAUAUAUAUAAUAAAUAAGGCGAAAAAAGAGAUAUCCUUAAAAGAUGAUAAUUAUAUGGAAGCCAUGAAAAACAACUUAGAUGAAAAUAUUGAAUUUUUAACAUACAAUGGAAAUAUUAAAGGAAAAAAUUAG